AUGAAGCUUGAGGAUUUAGUUCCUCUGAGUGGUUCUUGCUCCGCCUUACCGGGAAAUUUGAGUGUUUAUCCCGGCGAUUCAAAAUGGAAGAAGUUGCUCGUGGGUGUCGUGAACAGGAAUCACCUGCUAAUAACAUCUGUCGUGCCGGGCGAGCUACACGGCAUGAAGGAGAUAUUCUUGCGAGAUAAAUUGGCCGGUGAAAAACUAGCUUUGCAUGAUGCCACCAUCUUGAAAGCUGACUGGUGCAAGCUGCGUGAUGCCUCCUUUCUGGUUCUCUGUGCAACCAGUGGAUUUCAGAUUAUGGAUGACGAAGGAUUUCAAGUGGUCUUCACUUAUUGCUUUGCAGACGACGACUCUGUGGAUGAAGCGAAAUGGGAAUACGCUGCGUCUGUCACUCACGUGGGCAACUUUAUUUUCAUAGGAUCCUCAUCUGGAUUUUUUUACGUCGUUGCGAUGAUGGUACAAAAAGAGAAGACCUCAGUCGUGUGCACAGCAAGUGUGAUUCGUUAUUUGAGAGGCCAUACGUCGUGUGUUACAACGAUGACUUCGGUGUCUGAUCGAACCCUGGUUUCUGGUGAUGCGUCCGGAAAAAUAAGCGUAUGGAAAAAUUUGCCUGACUUGCAGAAGGUUUCUUCGUUUGUGGAAUCACACGGGCCGGUGUCGAGCAUGAAAAGUUGGAAUCAUUUCGUGGUGGCGGCAUUUGGUGACGGAAUUUUUCACGUCAUCGACAUUCUGAACUUGAUCACGAUUGCGAAAGUCAAUGCUCAUUCCAGAUGGAUCAGCGGACUGGAUAUUGCACCGGAAUCGGGAAAGCUGAUCACCUGCUCGGAAGAUUCUAUCGUCUCACUCUGGCAGCUAACAACGAAAAGGGGCGAUCAGAUAUCGCAUGUGGAAAGUUUCGAUAUCCCGAAUGCCAUGUUCACGGGGGUCAAGUUCAUCGAUCCGAUGGGCAAUCGUGUCUGCGUCAGCAUCUAUGAUAAAACCGAGCUCCCCGUGAUAUCUACGAUGGAGCGUCGUCGCAUUUUCGUCGGCGGUCUGUCAAAUCAGGUUACUCAGGAUGACCUCAGGUCAAGAUUUGUGCGUUUCGGUGACGUUGUCGACGUUGAAUUGAAGGAAAAGUCGCAUCCAACGACAGGGGAACCCAGUUAUUUUGCUUUCGUAGAGAUUCAUGCGACCGAAGACAAUUUGUCCAAGUGUUUCAAGUUAUUUUCCAACACAAGAUGGAAAGGAGGUACGAUGAGGUUGGAAGUCGCGAAAGAAAACUUCCUCUCUCGCCUUCGAAAGGAGCGGGAUGAGAAUGCUAGUAUCAGUGUAGCAGCCGAGGAAUCCGUUCCUUCAAAGAAACGUUCAAGUAAAUCAACACCUCCUGAACCUAUUCCUCCGGUUUUGCAACGAAGUCCGCAAAAAGAGCUCAAGAUCAAGAUCGAGAAACAGGAAAGCGUUUCUCCGAGUCUCGAAAAAAUCAGUGGCAAAAAAAAGAAAAAGAAAUUGGAAUCCGAUUCAGAUGACAGCGAAGACGAUCACUGCGGCAUUCCUAAUUUCAAUGGCUUAUCGUCGCUAGAAAAAAGUCCGGCAUCAGUCACAGCUUCAUUAUUUUCUGUUCCUACACCUCGGAAAAACGAUACAACUUCGAGUUACCCCAAGAAAAGAAAAUAUGAAAGCGAUUCUCCUCGUGAUGCCUUGUCGGAGAACUUGUCCUUCGAAACUAUGAGAAAAACGAAGAAAUUGAAAACGGAGGUCGAUGAUGGAGAUCAAAUCGACACCCCAGUGAAACAUCCAUGGGCAAGUAAACUUGAAGCCUUUUCCAGUGAUGUCUGGAAUAGGAACGACGAAUCUGUCUCCACGAAGAAAUCGAAAAAGACCGUAUCGAUUUCGGAUUCCGUCGCUGAUCCCGUAGUAAAAAUUUCAAAACAGGAACCUUCCGUCAAGAAUGACCCAGCUUUGGAGAACAAACGAAAACAAUCGGAAGCCGUAAGGAUGGCAAAAAUCAAAGAAAUGCAGAAUGCGAUUAAUCGCCGUAAGGCGAUCCUUGAAAAAGCUCUUGGCUCGAUGGGACAGGAAAGCUCUCAGCCGUGCCCGAAUAAACGAGUGAUUUUUGAUGAUGAUGAUGAUGUUGGUCAUGAUAUUCCUCUUGCUGGAAUCAAGGAUGAAAAUGUUGAAACUCAUUCUGCGAAGAUAAAACGUGCGUUGCCGUUAAACGACGAGGAUUCCGAAGAAGAAAACGACAACAAGCUUCGUAUUCGUGAGGAAUUUCUUGCGGAAGGUGGAAAUGAGCUGCUGGCAUUGGAAACGAGAUACGGAGCUGAUGAAAGAUUCAAGCUCGAUUCUAGAUUUCUUGGUGACAAGAACCAUGAGCCCGAAGUUGUAGUUGCUCCUAAGAAAAGCUCAAGAAAAUCUACGCAAGGACUUGUUCGAUUCGAUCCCACGCGUUCGGAUCACGUAGCAAAGUUUCAGAUUCCAGUGCCUGAUGUGACCAGCACGAAAGUAACUGUCAAAAAAGGGAAAAAUAAAACGAAGGGUGUUCCGAAAGAAGAUUUAGUGGAAGAAGCGGUUGCUGAGACAAGCGGUGUACCACAGACAUCGGUUGAAAAGUUUUACAAAGUCUCAACUAAACUGAAAGAUGUGUUGGGAAAAGAGAAACAGGAAGAGGAUUCUAGCUUCUCUCUUGCUGCCUUGUUCGCGCAGUCGGCAGGAUUGCAGGAAUCAAAAGAUGAACGUGAAGUGGAGGAUGAAGCUGUGCCUACGUAUGAAAAACCAACCGGAAAAGUACCUGCUUGGCUUCUAAAAGCUCAGAGUACUGAUGCACUGAUGGAAACCAUGGAUGAAGAAGGAAAUGAGAACCAGGAUGAAACCAAGUUGGAAUCGUCCAACUGGAAAGUAUCAAAGUUGGAACCCAACUUUGACAACCCGGAGUUUAGGAACUUGAUGGAGUAUUAUCAGCGACUGUCGAAGGUUGACCCGGUGGCUCGAAAUCGGGAGUGGGCUGCAAAACGGAGAGACUUCAUGGACAUGAUUUCGCGUCGCGUUCAUCAAGUGAGACGUGCCAAACGAAAUCGUCUUGGAGUGAAGCCUAACAUGCCUGCAGCAUUUAGCUUUGACUUUUGGGAGGAUGAAGCUACAAAUGAGGGUGACGAGUUGAUUUGA